AUGGCUGGACUCACGCUUCAGUCGACUUAUAAGUUAGUGUCAGGAUAUGAGAUCCCAGUUGUUGGUUUCGGUACCCGCCGAUGUCACCGAGAGAGUUACUCUGAAGGCUCUGGAGCUGGGAUACCGCCAUGUAAGCUACAGCCAGAAAUUCGAGAUGCUCAAGGCCAAAUAUUAAUCAUACUCCUCCAGGUUGACUGCGCCAAGGUCUACAAGAACGAGAAGGAGAGUGCCACGGCGAUCCGCCAGUCUGGCCUUGAUCGGUCGCAGGUCUUCUACACCAGCAAGGUCCCUAGAGGAUGCAUGGGUUACGAGAAGGCCAAGCAGGCCAUCGAGGAGAGCCUUGCUGCUUCCAACAUCGAGUACAUUGACCUGUAUGUAAUUGCCUCACGAUUAGCAACCUUCAAAAUGCACAAGACUGACAAUUCUACCAGCAUGCUGAUCCACGCCCCUUACGGUGGCAAGGAAGCCCGCCUGGGCACCUGGCGCGCCCUGGUCGAGGCUCAAAAGGCGGGCAAGGUGCGCUCUCUAGGCGUUUCCAACUUUGCCAUCCAGCACCUUGAGGAGCUGGAGGAGUACAUCAAGAGCGGAGGCGGCGGCCAGAUCACCGUUGGCCAGUACGAGAUUCACCCCUGGUGCCCACGCGAGGAUAUCGCCGAGUGGUUGAAGAAGCACAACGUCAUUGUUGAAGCGUACUCGCCCCUCGUGCAGGCAACGCGCAUGACGGAGCCCGUUCUGGAGAAGCUGGCUCAGAAGCACGGCAAGACCCCGGCUCAGAUUCUGAUCCGCUGGAGCUUGCAGAAGGGAUAUGUCCCCCUUCCCAAAUCAGUCACCGACUCGCGUAUCCGGGAUAACUCCCAGGUCUUCGACUUCAGCCUGUCGGAGGAGGAUAUGGCCACGUUGAAGCUUAAUGAGUAUGCUCCCGUGUGCUGGGACCCGGUCCGAGACUGCAAGAUCUAA